AUGAGUGACGCGAAGGAUGUCAAGGUCGAGGUCGACAAGCAGAAGCGGGCCAGGAAGGAGCUGCCGCCCAUCAAGCGCAGCGUGGUCCUCUUCUGCUGCGUCCUGCUCCUCACCGUGAUGCUCGGCUGCAUGGUGUGGGCGGCGGUCGUGACCGCGAAGUGGGAUGCCGAGAAGGACGAGGAGCGAGCCAGGAACUCGUUCGACCCUUUCACGGUCGACAACUGGCAGUAUGGGGAUCUGCUGGGGCCCCAGAUCUGGCCGGAUGCCUGCGUGACGGGCACUUCACAGUCGCCGAUCGACAUCCGAGUUGCCGGGCAGGGCGGGUUCACAGCCAGCACGCCCAUCACCAUCACUUACGCGAACCCCACCAACACAAUUUCAGGGAGCGUGACGGAUUCCGGCAAGGGAGCCAUGCAGGCCAACGUCUCUCCCGGGCAGACGCUGACCCUGCGUUCGUCGAACGAGGUCUACACGCUCGUCUCCAUCACGUGCCACGGCCCGAGCGACCACACGCGGGACGGCCGCGGCGCUGACGCCGAGUGCCAGUUCACGCACGAGGCAACCAUCGACGGCGCGAAAAAGACCGCGAUCCUCUCCGUCUUCCUCACGGCCACGGACGGCAUCCCCGCGAACGUCGGCUUCGAUCUUCUGCUCAAGAACGCGCCGUCCAAGAGCGCUGCUGGCAACCGUCGCAUGCGCAACCUCCUGCAGAACAACGCGUUCAACAACGUCGCCAUCAACAGCCUCCUGCCGCAGACCACCUCGUACGCCGUCUACACCGGCUCGCUGACGCAGCCGCCGUGCACCGAGGGCGUCACCUGGGUGGUCAUGCUUGCCGACGUCCAGGUGACGCCGCUGCAGAUCCUCGAGCUGCUGCGCUACGUCGGCAACACCGAGCUGGGCCUCAACAACCGGCCGACGCAGGCCCUCAACGGCCGGACCAUCUCCUACUUCAGCGGGGGGCGCUAG